AUGGCACCUUUACCUGCAUCCAGAGUUCAAGAGUCAAAUGCUUUUGCCAGAACAGGUGUAGACUAUCUUGGACCACUGUACGUGAAAGCUCCUGAAGGAUCAAAGAAAGUGUGGGUGUGUCUUUUUUCGUGCAUGGUGACAAGAGCUAUUCACUUGGAAUUAGUGCAAGAUAUGACAACAGAAGAAUUUCUUCUUGCUCUCAAACGAUUUGUGUCUCAACGUGGUGUUCCAAGUGAAAUUCUUAGUGAUAACGCUAAUCAAUUCAAACUUGCAAAUAAAACACUCGAUGAAAUAUGGAAGAAUGUGACAAACAGCAGUGAAGUUCAAUCGUAUACAUCAUCUUCAGGAAUAAAUUGGCACUUCAUUGUAGAACUAGCACCUUGGAUGGGUGGUUUUUAUGAGCGACUUGUCGGAUUAGUGAAAAGAUCAUUAAGAAAGUCUCUUGGACGAAAGUUGCUCACUACAAUUCAAUUGCAAACUUUGUUAAAAGAAAUAGAAUCAGUCGUGAAUUCCCGACCACUUGUGUACAUCACAGAUGACCUGAGCUCAAAUAUCACUCUUACCCCCAGUCAUUUUUUAACACCUAAUCCUAAAACAGGAAUACCAGAAAUAAGUGUUGAAAGUGAUGAUACAGACUAUAGUCCUUAUGACAGUUCUUGUGAAAGAUUGUUGAAUAUAUGGAAAAAAGGUCAGAAGCUACUAGAUGACUUUUGGAGAAUUUGGAGAGAUGAGUAUCAAUGUAGUCUUCGUGAGAGGACCCAGACGUUUCUCAAGGCGGGGAGGGUUGUAUCACACAAUGUACCCAGAAUAGGAGAUACAGUGUUAAUAAAAGACAACACACCAAGAGGUAGUUGGAAAAUUGGAAGAGUACAAGAACUUGUUCAUAGUAGAGACAAUGAAAUCAGAUCAGCAAAAGUUCAGUUAUCGUCAAAGAAAGUUCUAGGUAGACCUUUGAAUUCGCUGUAUCCAGUUGAGUGCAACGACAUAUUCAAGCAGACACCGGGUACAGAUAGGCCACCGGAGCAAAGAGACAAGAUAACCAAACAGUGUACAAAACGACCUGUUAGGCUAGCUGCGGAGGCUGCAAAGCGGAAGAUAAAAACUUUAGUGUAA